AAGCGCGAAUCGCGGAUCACGAUCUCAGGUUUCAAUAUAUGGGCCCCUUAAACUGGGGGUGGGUGCGCAGAUAGGGGGAGGAGGAAAUGGGAUUUUUGGAUAUUUCUUUGUCCUCCUCGUAUUAGUACCCCGACAUGGAUUGGAGGGUCACAUGGUACUUGAAUGGGUUAAUAGAGAAGGACGCUUUAGUUUUAUGCAGAGAAAUCGAAGGAAAAGUACAGAUAUAAUAGCGAAUAUAAAGUGGGGAACAUCAGCUGGAGUCGCAUCAUUUCCGAGCAGGAGGACACAUAAAAGUUGAAAAGAGCUGAGACGCUGGGAGCCAAACCGUGACCAUGAGCUGGAGCUUUCUGACGCGGCUUCUCGAGGAGAUCUCCAACCACUCCACCUUCGUGGGGAAGAUCUGGCUGACCCUCCUCAUCGUCUUCCGCAUCGUGCUCACGGUGGUGGGCGGCGAGUCCAUCUACUACGAUGAGCAGAGCAAGUUUGUGUGUAACACGCAGCAGCCCGGGUGUGAGAACGUCUGCUACGACGCCUUCGCCCCGCUCUCCCACGUCCGCUUCUGGGUCUUCCAGAUCAUCAUGAUCACCACGCCCACCAUCAUGUACCUGGGCUUCGCCAUGCACAGGAUCGCCCGCAUGGAGGACGACGACUACCGGCCCAAGGGCCGCAAGAGGAUGCCCAUCGUCAACCGCGGCGCCAACCGCGACUACGAGGAAGCCGAGGACAACGGCGAGGAGGACCCCAUGAUCACGGAGGAGAUCGAGCCCGAGAAGGAGAAGAAGGCCGAGAAGCCCACAAACAAGCACGACGGGCGGCGGCGCAUUAAGAAGGACGGGCUGAUGAAGAUCUACGUGGUGCAGCUGCUGUCGCGCGUGGCCUUCGAGGUGGCCUUCCUGUUCGGCCAGUACGUGUUGUACGGGUUCGAGGUGGCCCCGUCUUACGUGUGCACGCGCAUGCCCUGCCCCCACACGGUGGACUGCUUUGUGUCCCGGCCCACGGAGAAGACCAUCUUCCUCCUCAUCAUGUACGUGGUGAGCGUGCUCUGCCUGGCGCUGACGGUGCUGGAGAUCCUCCACCUGGGCGUGAGCGGGAUCCGCGACUCCUUCCGCAAGCGGCACCGCGCCCUCUCCCGCGGGCGGGCCGCCGGCGGCCGGCAGGCCCCCAGCGCCCCGCCCGGGUACCACACCGCUCUGCAGAAGGGCCCCGCGGCCAAGCUGGGCGGGCUGAAGCCGGAGUACAACCUGGCAGACUCGGGCCGCGAGUCGUUCCAGGACGAGACGCGGGACCUGGACCGGCUGCGGAGGCACCUGAAGAUGGCGCAGCAGCACCUGGACCUGGCCUAUCAGGAGGAGGGCAGCCCGUCACGCAGUAGCAGCCCGGAGUCCAACGGGACGGCCGCCGAGCAGAACCGCCUCAACUUCGCCCAGGAGAAGCAGGGCGCGGCCUGCGAUAAGGGGAUCCGAGCCUGAAGCCCUUCUCCUGCUGCCUUUUCCCUGACCAAAAUGCCACUCUGCGGAAGAACUGACCUGGGAAGAGCUGGAGGUCUUUGAGAGACUGAAGUGUGUAUGUGUGUAUGUGUGUAUGUGUAUGUAUGUGUGUGUGUGUGUGUGUGUGCGUGUGCGCGCGUCCUUGUGUAGGGUAAAGACGUGCCUCGCAGUAUUAAUGCCAGUGAACAGUGGGGUGGGGGAGGGGAGGGGUAGCGGUACACAGAAGGUCAAAGGGUAUCUGCUGCUCCGUUUGUGCUCCUGGUGGCCUUAUGCGGUCAGAAUAGCAGUUACCUGGAUACCUGGAGCAGUGCCCACCAAGGCCCCACACCCUUUCUUACCCUGAAGACUGCCUGCUGUCGCUGGUGGUAAAACGGGAACAAUCGCAUGAGUGCUUCCAAUUUCCCCCACCUAAAAUUUCUGUAAGAUGGGGAGGGUCAGAAGGGGGGAGA